AUGGCGGCGUCGCUGAGGUGGUGGUGGUGGUCGGCGGUGGUAUUGUCGGUGGUGGUGGUCGGCGUGAGCCCGGUUGUCGCCAACACGGAGGGUGAUGCUCUAUACAGCCUACGACAAAGCCUGAAAGAUAACAACAAUGUGCUGCAGAGUUGGGAUCCAACUCUGGUUAAUCCAUGUACAUGGUUCCAUGUUACUUGUAACCCUGAUAACAGUGUCAUCAGACUUGAUCUUGGAAAUGCACAACUAUCAGGUCCGUUGGUGCCACAGCUUGGGCAAUUGAAAAAUAUGCAAUAUCUAGAACUUUACAGUAACAACAUAAGUGGGCCAAUACCACCUGAACUGGGGAACUUAACUAACCUGGUCAGUUUGGAUCUGUACCUCAACAACUUCACUGGAGGCAUUCCUGACACCUUGGGCCAACUAUCAAAGUUGCGGUUUCUCCGUCUUAAUAACAACAGUCUUUCUGGCCAAAUUCCGAAAACGUUAACCAAUAUCAACACUCUCCAAGUUCUGGAUCUCUCAAACAACAAUCUCUCAGGAGGGGUGCCAUCAAGUGGUUCAUUUUCUCUGUUUACACCUAUAAGUUUUGCUAACAACCCAAAUCUUUGUGGCCCUGGUACUACAAAGCCUUGUCCUGGGGCUCCUCCAUUUUCUCCACCCCCUCCAUACAAUCCCCCAUCACCAGCUUCAUCAAAAGCUGAGGAGGAUCCUGAAGUUCACCUUGGACAACUCAAGAGGUUCUCACUGAGAGAGCUUCAAGUCGCCACAGAUAAUUUUAACAAUAGGAAUGUCCUAGGAAGAGGUGGUUUUGGAAAGGUGUACAAAGGGAGACUGUCGGAUGAACGCACGCCAAAUGAGCCCCCUCUCGAAUGGGAAACAAGGGCCAGGAUCGCGCUGGGAUCAGCCAGAGGUCUCUCUUACUUGCACGACCACUGUGAUCCCAAAAUCAUUCACCGCGACGUGAAAGCCGCCAACAUCCUGUUGGACGAAGACUUUGAAGCUGUGGUGGGUGACUUUGGCCUCGCCAAGCUCAUGGACUACAAGGACACCCACGUGACGACUGCUGUACGUGGGACGAUCGGCCACAUCGCCCCCGAGUAUCUGUCCACCGGAAAGUCCUCUGAGAAGACGGACGUCUUCGGCUACGGGAUCAUGCUCCUGGAACUCAUCACUGGGCAGAGGGCGUUCGACCUCGCCCGUCUCGCGAACGAUGACGAUGUCAUGCUCCUUGACUGGGUGAAGGCGCUGCUGAAGGAGAAGAAGCUGGAGCAGCUGGUGGACCCGGACCUGCAGGGCCGGUACGCGGACCAGGAGGUGGAGUCGCUGAUCCAGGUGGCGCUGCUGUGCACGCAGGGGUCCCCAAUGGAGCGGCCCAAGAUGUCGGAGGUGGUGCGGAUGCUGGAGGGCGACGGGCUGGCUGAGCGGUGGGAGCAGUGGCAGAAGGUGGAGGUGAUGCGGCAGGAGGCGGAGCUCGCCCCGCGCCACAACGACUGGAUCGUCGACUCCACCUACAACAUCAGGGCCGUCGAACUGUCCGGCCCGAGGUAG